UUCUUGCAGAUUAUCUUCUUGGCCCUGAUCUCGUCAUUGAUCGCCUCGUCCUUCGCUGGCCAUUAUGAGGAGGAUCAUGGUGAUUCGACUUACGAAGAAAAAUCUAAACCAGUGGAAAUACCGAUUUAUAAAAAAUAUGCUAUUCCAAUACCGCAUCCUGUACCAGUAGAAAUCCCUCAAGAAAUCAAAGUACCUAUACCCCAACCUUAUAAAGUUCCGGUUGAAAUUCCUCAACCUUAUCCCGUUGAAGUUGUCAAACAUGUUGAAGUACCUGUUGAAAAACCAGAACCAUAUGUUGUUGAAAAACACGUCCCUUACGUCGUGGAAAAGCCGUAUCCAGUUUACGUUGAGAAGAAAUUUCCGGUUCCCGUGGCGAAACCAUAUCCCGUCCACGUUCCAAUCUACAAACACGUUUUCCACCACACAUCGAAGGGCAAGGGAUGGCAUUAAAAAGGAAGAAGUUAGGGGGAAAAAAGAAAGAACAGAAAAAAAGCGAUUCUGUCUAUUCG